UGAGCGACUGCAGCCCUAGUGUCUGCAACCUCAGGCCGGCCUACCUCCCUGCUGGGGUCUCGGCUGCUGGAUCCUGGCCGCCCUCCAGCCGUGUCUGCUCUCUGCUUUCUCUGCUUCCUUGUCCUGACAUCCCCCUCCCAUCCAGAAAGCUGCCCAGCCACCAGCAGCCCCCAGUGCCACCAUGGCAACUGCACCAUACAACUACUCGUACAUCUUUAAGUAUAUUAUUAUUGGGGAUAUGGGAGUAGGAAAAUCUUGCUUGCUUCAUCAAUUUACAGAAAAAAAAAUUAUGGCUGACUGUCCUCACACAAUUGGUGUUGAAUUUGGUACAAGGAUAAUUGAAGUUAGUGGCCAAAAAAUCAAACUGCAGAUUUGGGAUACAGCAGGACAGGAACGGUUCCGAGCUGUUACACGGAGCUACUACAGAGGGGCUGCAGGCGCACUCAUGGUGUAUGACAUCACCAGAAGAAGUACAUAUAACCACUUAAGCAGCUGGUUGACAGAUGCAAGGAAUCUCACCAAUCCAAACACUGUAAUAAUUCUCAUAGGAAAUAAAGCAGAUUUGGAAGCACAGAGAGAUGUUAGCUAUGAAGAAGCCAAACAGUUUGCUGAAGAAAACGGCUUAUUGUUCCUUGAAGCAAGUGCAAAAACGGGAGAGAAUGUAGAAGAUGCUUUUCUUGAGGCUGCCAAGAAAAUCUAUCAGAACAUUCAGGAUGGAAGCCUGGAUCUGAAUGCUGCCGAGUCUGGUGUACAACACAAACCCUCAGCCCCGCAGGGAGGACGGCUAACCAGUGAACCCCAACCCCAGAGAGAAGGCUGUGGCUGCUAGUGACCUCUUUGCUCUUGCCCCUCAUUUGACCUUUCACAUCUGUCUGUUGGGAGCAGUACUUUUUACUGUUUCCUUGUCUUCUGUACAUCUUACUGGGUUUAAUUAAAAACAGAAAAAAACAACUCUUGUAAAAACAGUUUAACAAUACCAAACUGCUAAACAACUAGAUGUAAUCAGGUUAUCAAAGGCAAGUAGAGUAAUAAAUCUCUCCUGCAUGGUAAAUCUAGACUUUCCCCCUUUGAUUGUCCUCGUGAUAGGUUUGUCACCAAUAUAUGAUUUAAAAUGAGCACUGAUGCGGGACUCGAUUUUUACCUUCCCCUUUGGCAUGGCUUUGUCUCACUGUACGGUUAGAUUCGAUCUCUUCGGACUUUCUCCCAUCUUUAAACUGUUCAAGUAUGUCUGUUGUAGCAAGAAAGUUCAUUGCUGUGAAAUGACUUCCGAUGGUAGAGAAAAGGGGGUCUGCAACUGCUUUUGUUUUUGUUGGAUAAAUUCCCUGUUGUAGAGGUGGCAUUUUUCUUGAUGAGGUUUGCUUGUCUUAGCCUUGCACAGGGAAUAAUACCCAUUUACCUUUUCUUUUGCUUAAUUAAUAGCUUUAUUUUUUUGCACCAUUUUAUCCUUUUCUCUUUAACAGAAAGUAAAUAUGUAUAAAAUUUGAAGAAACCUAACUAACAAUACCUUCUGUGUAUAUUAUUGUAAUGAAGAAAAUAAAUUGAUUACUGGCAUUGGAACAGUAUAAAAUA